CGUUGGUUCCUCUUCCUGUCCUUCCCGUCCCCUCAUUUUUUUUCUGUGAUGGACAGAAAAGCUCAGUAUAAACACAAGACAGAUGAUGUUGAUACAAUAAGAAACAGGAAUAGAAAUGAAGAAAUUGCUUUAAGAAAAGAAAAGAAAGAUAAAUUACUAAGCUCAAAGAGAUUUCGUCUAGCUGAAGGAGAAGAAAUAACAGAUGAAUACAGUAUAAGUGAAGUAAAAACCAUAUCAGCUAAUUUAAAGAAGUCUGGAACUAACACUUUAGCAGCUUUAAAACUUUUAAGACAAGCAUUUUCACAAGGAACAGUGUACAUUGAUGCAUUUGUAAGGCAAGAAAACAUCAUACACACACUGGUGGGACUAUACACAGGAACAAAUUCAGAGUUACAGCUGGAAGCAGGAUGGUGUAUUACAAACAUAUCAGCAGGAAGCCAUGACCAGGCCAUGUUAAUCACUAAAUAUGUAGCACCAUACCUGGUAGCUUACCUCAGUAGUCAGAACUUUCUCUUACAGGACCAGAGUGCAUGGGCCCUUGGUAAUUUGGCAGGAGACAGUCAAGAGUGUAGAAAUAUGGUCAGGGCUCAGGGUGUGGUUGCACCAUUAAUUAAAUUAUUACAGUCCCAGCACCCAGCAGUCAUACAGUCAGCAGCUUUUGCUUUAUCCAAUUUGGCCAAGGAAUGUAUUGAAAUCUCAAGGGAGAUGGUACAGAGUCAGGUUAUACCAGCAUUACUGCCACAUUUUACCUAUCAGCCAGACAAUGUCAGUAUACUGUCAGAGGUCUCAUGGGUCUUCACUUAUUUAGCCUCAAGUGGUGAAUUCUCAGAAGAAAUUGUGAAAAAUGGUGUUUUGACACAAAUAGUAGUAUUACUGAUACAGUUAUCUGAGGUGCAGCCACAUAUAGCAACAGUUGUGACACCAUUGCUUCGUUGUCUUGGUAACCUGUGUAGUGGUCCAGACGAGUACACAGUUAUGGUAUGUGAGAACCCACAACUACUUCCUGUUUUAGGCUCUUACUUAUCAUCAAAUCACAGACACGUUAAGAAAGAAACAUUAUGGGUUUUAUCUAAUUUAACAAGUGAAUCUAAAGCCUGCUCAGCAGUGACACACAGUCCUCUGUUACACCAAAUCCUAGAGCAAGUACCUGCUGCUUUUGAUAUCAAAAUGGAGGCAUUGUAUGUGUUAUGUAAUUUAGCCAUUCACGGAGAAGAAAUCUGUAGUUACCUUGUUGACAAUGGAGUUCUACAGCAAGUUACACCAGUUUUAAAGUCAUCAGAUGUAGAAAUUUUAAAUUUAGGUCUAUCCUUAGUAGAAAUGGCUCUUAGAAUGACUCAGAAUGGUUGUCAUGUAUUUGAGGAGUGUGAUGGAGUGACAAGGUUAGAGGCUCUAGAUUACCACAAUAACGAUACAAUCAGACACCAAGCCAGUGAAUUGUUAGAUGUUUACUUUUAUGGAGAAACACAGGAAGGUGAUGGAUGAAGACAUUGUCAAAUUAACCAUUAAAAAGACAGAAUUAUAUUAGGCAGCAAUCAUAGUUUGCUUAUCUUCAAUUAUACGAGAUCUUCCAGCAUGAAUUAUGAGUCACUAUUUAUGUAGAAUAAAUAAAAUUAUUCAGUGCUUAGUUUAUAAAAAAAUGUAUUAGUCUGACUGCCAAAACUUAACAGAAGCCUACACAAAAAUCAAAAAUCCACAUCAAAAGUAUAAGUCUAAUUUCAAUUCACAAAAAAUAUUUCUGGAAUAACAAAUAAGAAAGCUAAAGACUUAAGUUUGAGAAGCCAAAAACAAAAGGUUUUGAGGCUAAAAAAACAAAAGGAUAUUGAUAAAACAACCAGAAACCUAAAGUCAACAUUGCCUGAGAGAUUGAAACCUAACAUUUAGUUUAUUACUAAUAGGAACAUCUUCCUCUUUAACAGGUUAAACCUGUCUCAUUUUAUGGAUCAGUAGUAAUAAAGGAAGUUAAAAAUAAGUGCAAUCAAUUUUUAUGUAUUUAAUCUAUUUUACACAAUUAUAAGAUGGAAAAUUUAUUAUGUAUUUUGCUUUUAUGUUUAAGAUUGUAAUGAAUUACAAGCUUAUUCAGUUUUAAUAAACAUCAUUAGUAAA